AAAAAUUAAAAUCCUCCCUCCGAUUGUUCUGGGUGCGCUGUCGAAUUCGUCAGAGGGAGUCUGACCCACGGGACCAACGACCACAGUCCGCGGCAGUCUUUGAUUCCCCGACAACUCCCACUGGACAUGUGCCCCCUACGAUACAUCCUCCUCGCGCUUUCGCUGAUCGUAGCCUUCAUCGGGCUUUCCCAGGCUGCCAUGGAGGCCGAUGAAACGAGCUCGUCAUCAGCUGGCGACGACAUCAACGCAGACGGCAAAACGACCAAGAAAACCAUGUUCCAGACCCUCGUGGAUAUGCUCACAGGGCGCUACCUGCUCAACGCGUACUAUGGUGCCCCCAACGGUGUCAAAGUCGACUAGCUGCAUCCGCGCACUCGCGCCUUAAGUUAUACCACCCGCGUCCAUUUGCGACGACGACGUAUCUAAUCAACCAAAUUUGUACGACACAAUCUUGAGAGUUUGCGUCCAGAGGUUAAUAGCGAUGUCGCGAUAAGGCGGGACCGUUCCUUUCGUGCAUGUGUGCAAGGGCAAUCGUCAAGUUAGCUGCAGAGGAUGACAAAGCAGAGAGUGUGGAACAUUGUGGGUUGAGCUUGUCCUAUGCAGAGCAUCCUCCGUCUGGGCACGACUUGGUCACCACGGGCGCCUUGCCCGAGUCUGGCGUGAUUUCCGUGAGCUCUUCGUCCUUGCGAAUGCGGCUCUUCUGGGGGUCAGUCAACUUGACCUCAAACGUACCCUUUUCGUUUGCCUUGCCCUGCACGAUAUUGUACAACAGCAUUGCUUCCGCUUCGUCGAUGCCCUUGAUGAGCGCACUCAACGCCUGGGUGUCAUGCACAUCGCGGUUUUCAAGAAAUGCGGCGCGGACGGCUUUGCGAGCUUCGACAACCGCACGCUUGUCUGCUCCGAACGUCUGCUGGCUCGCUCGCAGGAGGCGUCGGUACCCGCCGAGGACGUGGACCCGAGCAGCCGCUGCUUGUGACGCCAUUGUUUCCUGCUUCAAU